GUUGUCAAGAGCUUAAACCAAAAACAUCUCAUCUGGUGUCAAUAGCUUUACUACUACUACAAAUUUAAGAGAAUGUUGCUUGGCAAUGGAAACAUGUGCAAAUCCAAGAAUCCCGCAGAGUCAGACUUAUCAGAUUGUUUACCAAAUCAUCAUCAUCAUCAUCAUCAUCAAUUAGUAGUAACCGUGGGAAGCGAAACAAGUCGAGUGCAUGCAGCUCUGAACCUCCACGAGGAGGAGGCCGCCAUGCCCCCAUGGCCGAGUUCCAGCAACUCCUGCUUCCACCAAAACAAAAACAACAAUGUUGAGAACAAGAAGGUAUGUAGUAAGUGCGACCGCGACCAUGACCACGACCACGACCAAAACAACAACAGCAUUAGUAAUGGCAUUCAGGACAUGAAGAGUGUGGAGAUUAAUAAUAAUAAUGAUCAUAAAGAUCAUGUGGUGGUGGAGGUAGAGCACGCUGUCAACAACGCCAAUAGCUCUUUUGCUCAUGCAGUCAUCAACAUGGUUGGAAUGCUUAUUGGGCUGGGGCAACUAGCAACACCAUACGCAUUACAAACAGGAGGAUGGGCAUCAGUAUUCCUCCUAAUCGGACUUGGCAUAAUCUGCUCCUACACAUCCCACCUCCUCGGCCAAUGUCUCUCCAGAAACUCCAAACUAAUGAACUACACCGACCUCGGCCACCUCUCCUUCGGCACCAAAGGCCGAAUCCUAACCACUUCCUUCAUCUACUUAGAAAUCUUCAUGUCCUUAGUUUCCUACACCAUCUCUCUCCACGACAAUUUAACCACCAUCUUCUCUACAUCCCACCUCAACCAUCUCAACAACUUUUUUUUAUCUAAUUGUCUCUCGACUUCUCAGUUGUUGACGGUGAUAGCGGUGCUUGUGGCGUUGCCAAGCCUGUGGCUGAGGGAUUUGUCGUCCAUUUCGUUUCUUUCGAGUGGGGGGAUUUUGAUGUCGGUGGUUAUUUUUGUGACGGUGGCGUGUACAGCGGUGUUUGGCGGAGUGGAAGUGAAUAAGGAGGUGGCGGUGUUGCGGCUGGGGAAUAUUCCGGCGAUAUCUGGGCUUUAUAUAUUCAGUUUUGGAGGGCAUAUUGUUUUUCCAGAUCUUUAUAGAGAAAUGAGAGAUCCUUCCAAGUUCACCAAGGUAUCUAUAGUGAGCUUCUCAUUGGUGACAGCACUUUAUACAACCUUAGCCUUCAUGGGUGCCAAAAUGUUUGGCCCUGAAGUAAAUCCCCAAAUCACCCUCAGCAUGCCCAGGAACCUAAUAUUUACAAAAAUUGCAUUAUGGGCCACAGUUUUAACUCCCAUGAGCAAAUAUGCCCUCGAAUUUGCUCCUUUUGCGAUGCAACUCGAGCGCAAUCUUUCCAAAUACUGUUCCAUGAAAUCCAGAACAAGGUUGAUCAUACGGGGCUGCGUUGGUUCAUGUUUGCUGCUUGUAAUUCUAACCUUGGCUCUUUCUGUGCCAUAUUUCGAGCACGUUCUGAGUCUUACAGGCUCACUUGUCAGCGUUGCGAUUUGUGUCAUCUUCCCUUGUACAUUUUACACCAAGGUUUUUUGGACCCAAAUAUCAAAACCAAUGUUGAUUCUCAAUGUAACACUGGUUUUGCUUGGCUGCUUUCUUGGGGCAUCCGGAACCAUUUCUUCUUUCAAGCUGCUUGUAAGGAACUUGCAUAGAGCUCACUUAUGAUGACAAGCCAAUGCAGGAUAAACUAGUCUUUUAGUAAUGUUGUACGAUAUGGAAAAAUUAUUAGAAAAAUGAUUAUAAAAUAAAAUAUGUGCAUCAGAUUCAUUCUGAGUGUGAGGCAUAUCAUAACAAA